UAGAAACUGACUUCUUUUUGCAACCCCUGCUGGUCAUGAUUCAAGAGAAUACAGGUUUCAGGCAAAUCCGCAUUGGCUUCAUUUUACGGACCCGGUGAUUACGUCCAUUUUUAUAAACAGUCUUUGGUUUAUAAUUGACCCCUAUUGUGCUAAGCUAACUGGCUGUCAUUUGAAACUUUUUUUCUCGCCGUGUGUGACGCACAAGUGUUGUGAGGUGGAAGUUUACGUAGCUCCCGUGAACGCAGCAGUGGACCUGCUCGACGAGCUCUGUGUCCGGCUGGUUGUCCUGCGGGCGGACCGCGGACACGCCCAGAUGUUUGGUGUGUCGGUGAGUCAGACCCGCCUCGCAGAGAUUAGCCCGUGAUUUACCAAAGACAGACUCUUGAGGGCGAGGUAUGGGAUCUCAGGAGGCUUCCUCCUCCCGGAGCGAAGACUGUCCGUUCUGCCAGAUAGCGACCAGCGAGACUGACACAGAAAUCCUGCUGAGUGACGAUCAGCUGGUUUGUUUCCGUGACUCGAAGCCUGGUGCCACUCAUCACUACCUCGUCGUCCCCAGGAGGCACAUCGACAACUGUAAAGCUCUUCAGGGGGACGACGUCUCUCUGGUGGAGCAAAUGGAGAAAAUGGGACGGAGUAUACUGGAGGAAAAAAAAGUCUGCGACCUAAAUGAUGUCAGGAUGGGGUUUCAUGUGCCUCCGUUCUCCUCCGUUCCCCACCUCCACCUCCACACUCUGGCUCCAGCCAGCAAGAUGAACUUCAGGUCACAGCUGCACUACGGGCCACAGUCUCACUGGUUCAUCACUGUGGACAAAGUGCUUUCUCAGCUUAAGACUCGCGGCACGGUCAAAUGAAGACAAUCAAAGUAUCCGAAGUUGCAACAAUCUUGUUUGAUGUUUAUACGUCAUUUAGCUUUUCUGAGUGCAAUUUUAGGUUUUAAUGUUGUGUAGUCCUCGAUGCUGCUUGCUGAUUCAGUUGGGUGGAGGCUGUUGAAGUUCAACCUGAACCAUGAAUGAGGGGGAAAUUGCAGCUUUUGGGAUAAUUAUUUUAUGUUGAAAUACAAACCUUGAAAACAAAUGUGAAAAAUGAUAACUGAUAUAUUUAUGCACUUUGAAAGUCACAUAUAAGAAGACAUUUAAUUGUACUUUCUUUGUUUUUUUUUUAACCACAAGUCUGUCAGAAAGGAAAGUUGAACUUUGCACAUUCAUGCACAAACCUCACAAAUCUGUUUACAUGCAGAAAUUAUUUUGUUUGUUUAUGUUUUAUACACAAGCAUAUACAUUUAAUACCUUGUGCCAUUAAUCUGUCUGAUGCACUGAGGAAAACACCUCUUUUCAUAUCAACGUGAUAUUAUAAAUGAUUUUAAUAAAAGGUCUUGAAAGAA